AUUUGAUAUCGCUCUUGGUAAGUCAACGACUACACACUCUCUUCUCAUACACGCUCUCUUUUCAUACACACUCUCUUCCCAAACCAUCCAUCCCUCCAGGUAGAGCUUCACUCCUUAGAAAACAACCGCAUUACCACAGAACAAUACACGAAACACCAGCUACACUUGCUUGUAGAACGAGCCUUCGGUAGCGAGCACAGGAAUUCUCCCCAGGCUCAGACCAGAUACAUCCACGACGAGACGACAUCUCACGUAACGGAAAUGGCUAUUCUUUCGAAGAACAUCAUCUGCCUUGGUACAGCGUUGCUGGCAGCGCAGGGUGUGCUUGCCGCACCCACCACGCGAUCUAGCGAUUGCGAUUUCGGGAUUGCCAACCCAUCAGAAUGGCCUUCGACCUACCAGUCCCAAUGGUGUUCCAUGAUCACCAACGAGGUCACGGCCCUCAAGACGAGCGAGAAUCCAAAGACCAUGCUGUCCACCCUCAAGGCCAUUUUCACCCAAGCUCGGAUCAAGGUCUCUCCGGACUCUGCCCUUGCAAAUGUCGACAAGAUCAUGCAAGAUCCCCAAGCCCGUGCCGCUAUGACUCAAAUGAAAGCCAACUUCCCUGCAUUCGGCUCCAUGGACCUGACCGCAGAAGACAUCCAGAAAGUCUACGGCGACGCGAUCAAAGCCGCUUGUAAAAAGACUGGUGUGCCAGAGGACAUCAUGGUCAAGAUCAUCUGGACUGAAAGCAAGGGUCAUCCACUUGUCUAUAAUGGUCUUACCCAGAUGGAUUACGUCGCUUGGGGCCAAAUGGCCGACGAGAACCCAGAGUUGAAGAACCGUUACAUGCCGACAGACAACAUUGUCGCAGCGGCGAUGUUCCUCCAGAAGGCCAAGGCCAAGUACGGCGGUGACUGGGAGACAACCUACACCCAGCAUUAUCAGGACCCAACUGCUGCUUCCCGCAGCUCAUAGAUGAACGACACAGAGCCAGCUCUCUGGUCCAUGACAGUCACGACCAUGUCAAGAUUUUGGCACCAACGAGUGGCGUUACUGUUGCUUUGUGGAAGGAAGAUACCCCAGGUUUUAGUUAUGAUACGAUAGCUCAUACUGGAUAGAUGUACAUAUUUGCUGGGUCAAAUAAAUGAUUUUGGAAUGUUAG